CUGUGCCUCUGCACAGCAUCGCUCUUUCAGUUUCUGUGCCUCUCUGCCAUAGUUUCAUUGACACAAGCCUUCUGAGUGUUGUUUCUGGUUUUGCACACCUACACUGUUAUUUCUCUCAUCCCUCUGUCAUGGAUUCACAUGAAAACCAACAACCCAUUGAAAACCAACCACAACCCAAUUCAACUCUCCCCUUCACAUCAAAAUUGAAACCCUAUGCAUUCUACUUAUCAUCCCUCCUAAUUCUCAUCCUUGCUAUCUCAUUCAGUUUGACCAAAACAAACUACCUCAAAACCAAGCAGCUGAAGUACACAUUCUCAUCACAGCCCGCCAUUUUUCAAGCUCUGUUUGGCUUUCUUCAACCAAAACAAAAAACCAAGCAAACCCAGGUACCAAAUCCCAUUUCCAAGCCCCCCUACUGUGUUCUGUGGAUGGCUCCUUUCCUUUCAGGUGGUGGGUACAGUUCAGAAAGCUGGUCAUAUAUUUUAGCCCUUUAUGAACACAGUAAAAACCCAGACUUUAGAAUAGCUAUUGAGCAACAUGGUGAUCUGGAGUCCCUAGAAUUCUGGGAGGGCUUGCCUAAAUAUAUGAAGAACUUGGCAGUUGAGCUUUACCACACACAAUGUAGUAUGAAGGAGACCAUAGUCAUAUGCCACAGUGAGCCUGGUGCUUGGAACCCUCCAUUGUUUGAAACACUCCCUUGCCCACCAACUGCUUACCAAAAUUUCAAGUCGGUGAUUGGCCGGACCAUGUUUGAGACAGAUAGGGUGAAUCCGGAACAUGUGAAGCGCUGCAACCAAAUGGAUUAUGUUUGGGUUCCUACCGAGUUUCAUGUGUCUACAUUUAUACAAAGUGGGGUUGAUACAUCUAAGGUUGUGAAAAUUGUGCAGCCUAUUGAUGUGAAGUUCUUUGAUCCACUUGAGUAUGAGCCUUUAAAUCUUGCCUCUAUAGGGAAGUUGGUUAUGGGGAAGACAACCCAGAAUUCGAAAGUGAAGAAGAAAUUUGUAUUUAUGAGUAUAUUUAAGUGGGAGUAUAGGAAAGGAUGGGAUGUGUUGUUGAAAUCUUAUUUGGAAGAAUUCAGUGAGGCAGAUGGGGUUGCCUUGUAUCUUCUAACAAAUCCUUAUCACUCUGAUAGAGAUUUUGGGAAUAAGAUAGUGGAGUUUGUGGAAAAAUCUGGAAUGCAGAAACCAGUCACUGGUUGGGCUCCAGUUUAUGUGAUUGAUACUCACAUAGCACAGAUUGAUUUGCCACGGGUAUACAAGGCAGCUGAUGCAUUUGUUCUUCCAUCAAGAGGGGAAGGGUGGGGAAGGCCUCUUGUUGAAGCUAUGGCAAUGUCAUUGCCCGUGAUUGCUACGAAUUGGUCAGGGCCAACAGAGUAUCUGACUGAGGAGAAUAGCUAUCCAUUACCGGUGGAUAGAAUGAGCGACAUAAUGGAAGGGCCUUUCACAGGACAUCGCUGGGCAGAACCUUCUGUUAGUAAGCUUCGUGUGCUCAUGAGGCAUGUGAUGAACAAUGUCGAGGAAGCCAAGGUGAAAGGGGAAAAGGCAAGGGAAGACAUGAUCACAAGGUUCUCUCCUGAGAUCGUUGCAAAUAUCGUUACUAAACAUGUGCAGAAUAUACUUCAGAAGGUGGAUAAGUAGUUGCACUGUUUUCUUUUCAGA